GGGGCACCCGUUAGGCAUGAUACCAAACCCACUACCCACUAUUGGCGGAAGUUGAGAUGGAAGGGACACCAGUCUCAUAUAUGUUCGACCACGCACGCUCCACAACCACUUCGUGCCUGUGACACGCGGUCCAAGGCCACGGUCAAGAUCAGAGAAUAAAAACGGCGUACAAGAGGGUGACAGACGUGAUAGCCGGUCGUCAGGGAAGCUAUCGCGCGACUUUCGGUGGUGAUAACGGUGGGCCUCGAUCGGUGAGGUUCGACAAAUUCGGCGGAGACGACAGGCAACCAUGAGACUAAUAGUCGCGCUGGUUUUCUUGGUCCUUGGACUCGCUGCGCACGUUCAUUGCGCGGCGACGGAGGAGAGCAAGUCGCAGGAAGACGAUCUCGGCGCUCUGGAGUGUAUUUUCAUGGCCAACACGGGAAAUUGCCUCAAGACAAGACUGGCCCGCGACUUGGAUCAGAUCGAGUUGGAAGUUACCGGGAAGAGGAACGAGCCACCUGUGAGCAGGUUAAUCGAACAGACCGGCGAGUUCAUUGCUGAUGUCGUUGACGAUCUACAGGAGAACGUUGCGGAAGAAACGGUCGAGAAUGACGACGCUCGGGUCCACAAUACAGGAGAGGCGCGGAAGAAGAAGUUCGGCAAGAAGAAGAAACACCUGCAGAAAAUUCUGGCGGUGGCGAUGCUGCUGAAAGCGAAACUCAGCCUGCUGCUGCAGCUGAUAAGCACCCACUUCCAGUUAAAGUUCUUCGUCAUCGCCGUCAUCUCGUUGAUACUGAACGCCACCAGGUUCUGGAUAGAGAUCAAGAAGACCCCUUCCAAGGUUAUCUACUACGAGCACGCACAGCAUCAGCAUCACUACGACCACGACGAUCACGAUCACGGCUAUUGGGGAAGAUCGUCGAACGAGACGCCUCAAGAGCUCGCCUACCGCGCUCACGUACCCACGGACUGACAUCAAGAUCGCAUAAAUUUGAGCGAGGGGACGAUCAUUUUGCGCGAGAGACAUCAACAAAGUAUCGGACAAUGAUGCAAAUUACUGUCGUAAAAUGAUUAUCGUCCCAUCGUUCUUCGUCUAUCUUGCGGCUAACAACUUUAGUCCAAAAGUCAGGAAACGUCCACGACCCGACGUCGAUAUUUAUACGUUGUGUAGUAUUUAUUUAUUUAAUUCGUUGCAUCGCGCGCCGGCAUAUGUUACACGAUCAUCUUGAGUUUCACUUCAAUUAAUGAUGGAUGAUCGGGGAUUUCUCUGACCUCUAAUUUUCAUAUAUAAAAAUAGAACUCUUUAAUCGCCUUAAGUCAUACCAAAGUUACUUACGAGUACCUGUUCUAUCUCGCUACAAAGAGAUUUCUUAGGAUCAACUAUUUUAAUUAAAAGAACAUGCUAUUGCUCGUACCGUGACUCAGCAAACCUUAGGUUUAAGUUUAACGCCUCUCUUGGAAUGUUUAUCAAUACUAUAAAUAUAUAUAUAUA